CAUCAUCUAAUUUUCGGUCGGCGAGAAGGGAAGAGUCGCGCGCACAUUGACAGCUUCUAGACUGCGUGAGGUCAGUUAUGGCCAUAUCUGCCUUGGCUCCACCCACUGUGUUUGUGCUUCCACACUGACUGGGUGGCUGACGACACAUCCUGCCAAUCAGAAUGGCGGACAGUGUGGAAGCAACACCACUUAUCUCGAAUCCUUCACCCCCUGAGACGAGUAAUAUCGUCCGGCCACCAAGACACACCAAUCAGCUACAGUAUCUGCAAAAAGUGGUUCUGAAAACACUGUGGAAGCAUCAGUUCUCAUGGCCGUUCCAGGCACCUGUAGAUGCUGUCAGUCUAUGCCUGCCUGACUACUAUGACAUUAUAAAGAUUCCAAUGGACAUGGGGACCAUUAGAAAAAGAUUGGAGAAUGGAUACUACUGGAAUGCCCAGGAGUGCAUUCAGGACUUCAACACCAUGUUCACCAACUGCUACAUCUACAACAAGCCGGGAGACGAUAUUGUGCUAAUGGCAGAGGCUCUGGAGAAGUUGUUCCUGCAGAAAGUGUCUGAGAUGCCUCAGGAGGAGCUUGAGAUCCACACAGCAUCCAAGAGGCGCAGUAGAUCAAAACAGGAAACCGAAUCUUUCUCUGUCUCAUCUCUGACGGAUAUUGGCCCCCCCUUCACCCUUGACUGCAUGUCCAACACCAUGGCAACGGACGUCACCACAUCUGUUGUCACGGCCAUGCCCAGCAGAGCCCUGCUCCAGAGUGCCACACCAUUUACCAAGCAAAGGAAGAGUCAGAAGAGGAAGGCUGACACCACCACCCCCAAUGCCAAUGAUCAGCUUGGCGAGUCGUCGCCAGUGGCAACAGAGCUCCGCCCCCGGCGGGAGAACAUCCGCCCCAGGCCAGCUCGGCGGGACCUGCCGGAUUCGGUGGGGGGAGUCGGGGAGACAACGCCCCCUAGCCCCUGCAGUGGGCAGAAGCUACAGUACUGUGAGGGCGUCCUGAAAGAGAUGCUGUCAAAGGAGCACAUGGCCUACGCCUGGCCCUUCUACAGCCCCGUGGAUGCCAAGAGCCUCGGUCUCCACGACUACCAUGACAUCAUCAAGCACCCCAUGGACCUCAGCACCAUCCAGGCAAAGUUAGACCAUUGGCAGUACCCAAAUGCUCAGGCCUUUGCGGCGGACGUGAGGCUGAUGUUCUCCAACUGUUACAAAUACAACCCACCGGACCACGACAUAGUGCGCAUGGCUCGGAAGCUACAGGAGGUUUUUGAGAUGCGAUUUGCAAAGAUACCUGAUGAGCCAGAAGAGACGCCCCCUCAGCCAGCACCCUCCCCUGCUCUCCACCAUGCAUCAGUCAGACAGCAACAUGCCCCUGCCCUGCCCUCUAGCUCCUCUGGUGAAUCAGAAUCUUCAGAUGAUGGGUCGGAUCAGGAACGAGCUCAACGAUUGGCUGAGCUUCAGGAACAGCUAAAGGCUGUUCACGAGCAGCUGGCAGCUCUGUCCCAGCCUCAGCCCAGCAAGCCUAAGAAGAAGGAAAAAGAGAAAAAGGAGAAGGAGAAGAGGAAAGAGAAGCACAAGAAGAAAAGCAGCGGACCGCCCCCUCCACUGGUGGAGGGGUUUAUCGCAGAGACCACACCCACAUCAUGUCAACCAAUCAGGAAGAAUAAGAUUGGCAAGGAUUCGAUCCUUCCAAAAAAGACCAAGAAGCUUGAAAGGAAGGAUAUCAAGCCUAGUCGUUCACUGACUACUCCUUCCUUGGCCACACCCUCUCUGGUCCCUUCGAUGGAGUUAGAGGAAGAGGGCAUAUCUCAGGGUGUUGCUGAUGGGUCUCAGGCCAUGUCACUGGAGGAGAAGAGACAACUGAGUCUGGAUAUUAACAGGUUGCCUGGUAACAAGCUUGGGCGUGUGGUCCACAUUAUCCAAUCACGGGAGCCGACACUAAAGAGAUCAAACCCAGAUGAGAUCGAGAUAGACUUCGAGACGCUGAAACCGUCGACACUCCGUGAACUUCAGAGAUAUGUCUCUGCCUGCCUCAAGAGGAAGAGGACAACAGGUGAAAAGUUGAGUAAGAUGAAGAUGGACUCUUCCUCAGGCAGCAGUGAGUCCAGCUCUUCAGACACUGAGGGUUUUUCAGCAGGGCUGGGCCCUGAACACAGGAGGAAGCCUCGAAAAGCUAAAGAGGUCAAAAGGUUGAACUAUCCGGCGCAGGCCGCAGGGAUUCCGGAGGCCCCCCCUCCCUCACACACAGUAGUACAGCCUACUGUCGUAUUCUCCUACCCCCUUGCAACCAGCCAGGUGCUGGAACCGUCCCAUCUCCUAGGCAACGGCUUUGACUCUGUCCCUCAGUAUAGCAUGUCACUGGCACCCUCUCACAGUCUCAGCACAGCAGUGCACACGCACACACAAUCUCACACACAUACACCGGCUGAGACACACCUGUUCCUCAACCAGAACCCAACGCCCAUCCCCUCUCCAGCUCUCCACUCUGCCUUGCCUCAGCAGCCCUCUCGACCAAGUAGCCAUGCAGCUCCUCUUCCUCCCAAACCCUCACCUCUUCCUCUCUCUCUUCCUCCCAAACCCUCACCUCUUCCUCUCUCUCUUCCUCCCAAACCCUCACCUCUUCCUCUCUCUCUUCCUCCCAAACCCUCUCCUCUUCCUCUUUCCCUCCCCCCAGCUCCUGCUCUGAGACCACUGGCUCCCCUUGCACCCUCACUGCUGGGCCAGCUCUCUGCCCAGCCACCUCAGGCCCUGCUGGAGGAUGAAGAGGACGAAGCAGAGGAGAUGCCUCUGCCACUUAGUCAGGUCCAGCUGUGUUUGCACUCUCUUCAUGGUGGUGUGCAAACAACAACACGGAUGUCUCCACCUAGCACACACCCCAAUGCAACACAAGUGGACACGCUUGCACACACACCAGCCCUGCCAUCCCCACUGGGUCCACUGAAGGAGAACCCAUCUGAUCUGAUAGGUCCAGUGAAGGAGAGCCCGUCCAGUCUGAGGGCAGACUUCCAGCACAUGCUGCGUCACUCCCCUUCUGUUAGCCCAACACCUAAGAAACCAGUUCUGGUGAAACAGGAGAGACUGUGUUCAUCUCCAUUUGGUCCAUCUGAGAGUAAACCCAACUUUGGUGGAGCUGACCUGAAGGCUGUGGAGAGUUCAGGGCCCCGCCUCUCAGAUAUUCCAGCUCCACCCCCUUCUGCACAGGAUAAAAUUAAACAUGAGGCGAAAACACCUAUUGCUCCUCGAAAGGAUAUGAAGAUGAAGAGUAUGGGUUCCUGGGCAAGUCUGGCUCAAAGACCCGCGUCUUGCUCCUCCACCUCCGGCUCCUCACUGGUGCGUUCAUCGAGUGACAGCUUUGAGCAGUUCCGGCGUGCUGCACGUGAGAAGGAGGAGAGAGAGAGGGCGCUGCAGGCAGAGCGAGAGCGAGCACGCAGAGAGCAGGACAAACUACGAAACAGUGAUGAGUUGUGUGAGGAGGUUUGCAGAGGCCCGUCAGAGUCUCACACACCCCCUCAGUCAGAGCUCCAGAUCCCCUCCCCCCACCCGGCCUCACACACACACUCUCAGGCUCGCGCAAACACACCCACCACGGACCAGCAGAGGGAGCUAGCAAGAAGGAGAGAGCAGGAGAGGAGGAGACGAGAAGCAAUGGCAGCAACAAUCGACAUGAACUUCCAAAGUGACCUCAUGGCCAUAUUUGAAGAGAACUUGUUCUGACCUUCA